AACUUGGCUCGCGGGGGACGCCGGUGGGUCGCGCGGAGCGUGGGAUCGGCCCCGGAGGAGGGGGAAGGUCCGGGAGGAAGGCUGCAACUUUCCACCGAGUGCAGGCCCCUGCGUGACCCGGUCUCAGGGCGCUUUUCCUCCGGGCUCACGGAUCGGUGCAGACAGACUUAGCUGCGCGUCUCACGGACUUCCACGGCUCCCCCCUCGGUGACCCGUCGCUUGCAUCACUCCAGCCCCUCACUCUCCUUCGCCGAGGGGUGUGUUCUGUGCUCUCCGCUAAGGGGCCCCAGGAGCUAUGGAGCGCGCGGCAGGUCCGCUGCGAGCUGCCUUCUCCAGCCCGGUUCUCGAAAGCAAAGCCCCGGGGGCCCCGCUGGACUGUGCGGAGACUGACUGUGGUUCCCCGUCUCCUCGAGGGGAUGGGACCGGGGCUUCCCAUUCCGCGGCGGAGCUGCCCGCGUGCCCAGAGGAUGGUAUCCUGCCUGCCACCCCUCAUCUGAACCAGCUGCUCGCCCUCGGGGCCCUCCCUGCUGGUGCUGGCUCCGCGUUCGCGGCUCCGGGACAGCCCCGGGAAUCUGCCAGGUGGAUGUGGUGCGUAGCCGGAGCCAAGUUGAAGAGAGAACUUGAUGCCACCGCAACAGUAUUGGCAAACAGGCAAGAUGAGAGUGAACAGUCCAGAAAACGGCUCAUUGAGCAGAGCCGAGAAUUCAAGAAGAACACUCCAGAGGAUUUGCGCAAGCAGGUAGCACCACUGCUCAAGAGCUUCCAAGGGGAGAUUGAUGCACUGAGUAAAAGGAGCAAAGAAGCAGAGGCAGCCUUCUUGACUGUGUACAAGAGAUUAAUUGAUGUUCCAGAUCCUGUGCCAGCCCUGGACCUCGGGCAACAGCUGGAAAUAAAAGUGCAGCGUCUACACGACAUUGAAACAGAGAACCAGAAACUUAGGGAAACACUAGAAGAAUACAACAAGGAGUUUGCCGAAGUGAAAAAUCAAGAGGUUACGAUAAAAGCACUUAAGGAGAAAAUCCGAGAAUACGAGCAGACUCUGAAGAGCCAGGCCGAGACCAUUGCUCUGGAGAAGGAACAGAAGUUGCAAAAUGAUUUUGCAGAGAAGGAGAGGAAGCUGCAAGAGACCCAGAUGUCCACCACCUCAAAGCUGGAGGAAGCCGAGCACAGACUCCAGACUCUGCAAACAGCCCUGGAAAAAACUCGAACAGAAUUAUUUGACCUGAAAACCAAAUAUGAUGAAGAAACUACUGCAAAAGCUGAUGAGAUCGAGAUGAUCAUGACUGACCUCGAACGAGCCAACCAGAGGGCAGAGGUGGCACAGAGAGAGGCAGAGACUCUGAGGGAACAGCUCUCAUCGGCCAACCACUCUCUCCAGCUGGCCUCACAGAUCCAGAAGGCUCCGGAUGUGGAGCAGGCCAUAGAGGUGCUGACCCGAUCCAGCCUGGAAGUAGAGUUGGCUGCCAAAGAACGGGAGAUCGCCCAGCUGGUGGAAGAUGUGCAGCGACUCCAGGCCAGCCUCACCAAACUGCGGGAGAAUUCGGCCAGCCAGAUCUCACAGCUGGAGCAGCAGCUGAGCGCCAAGAAUAGCACACUCAAACAACUGGAAGAAAAACUCAAAGGCCAGGCUGACUAUGAAGAGGUGAAGAAAGAGCUGAACACCCUGAAGUCCAUGGAGUUUGCGCCAUCGGAAGGAGCAGGGACGCAGGACUCUACCAAGCCCCUGGAGGUUUUACUCCUGGAGAAGAACCGCUCGCUGCAGUCUGAGAAUGCCACGCUGCGCAUCUCCAACAGUGACCUGAGCGGUCCUUACAGCACAAACUCCAUAUCUUCCCCAAGUCCAUUACAACCAAGCCCAGACGUAAAUGGCAUGGCCCCAUCUCCCAGCCAAUCAGAAAGCGCUGGGAGCGUCUCAGAGGGCGAGGAAAUUGAUACAGCAGAAAUCGCCCGGCAGGUCAAAGAACAGCUGAUCAAGCACAACAUCGGACAGCGCAUCUUUGGACACUAUGUCCUGGGACUGUCUCAAGGGUCUGUGAGUGAGAUUCUGGCCCGGCCGAAGCCCUGGAGUAAGCUGACUGUCCGCGGCAAGGAGCCAUUCCACAAAAUGAAGCAGUUCUUGUCUGAUGAGCAGAACAUCCUGGCACUUCGUAGCAUCCAAGGCAGACAGAGAGAGAAUCCAGGCCAGAGCCUGAACAGACUCUUUCAGGAAGUACCGAAACGAAGAAAUGGGUCUGAAGGUAACAUCACUACCCGGAUCCGAGCAUCCGAGACUGGUUCUGAUGAAGCAAUCAAGUCCAUCCUGGAACAAGCCAAGAGGGAACUCCAAGUGCAGAAAACCGCUGAACCAGUCCAGCCAUCUUCCGCAUCCAGCAGUGGGAACUCUGAUGACGCCAUCCGCUCCAUCCUACAGCAGGCCCGCCGGGAAAUGGAGGCCCAGCAGGCUGCCCUUGACCCUGCCUUAAAGCCAGCACCACUGUCCCAGCCUGACCUCGCCAUCCUCACGCCCAAGCUCCUGUCUGCCUCGCCCAUGUCUACUGUGUCCACUUACUCCCCUCUCGCCGUCCCCCUGAAGAAGACCCCCGCAGCACCUGAGGCCAGUACCUCCGCCUUGCUCAGUGCCCCAGCCCUCAAAAAAGAGGCUCAGGAUGCACCCAGCCUGGACCCACCAGGAUCAACUGAUGCUGCCCAGGGGGUGCUGAGGCAGGUGAAGAGUGAGCUGGUCCGAGGCAGCACCUGGAAGGAUCCCUGGUGGAGCCCUAUCCAGCCUGAAAGAAGAAAUCUCACCUCUUCCGAGGAGACCAAGGCGGACGAAGCAGCCGCAAGCGGGAAGGAAAAGGCGAGCAGCAGCCAGCCUCGGGCAGAGCGCGGCCAGCUUCAGGGACCCUCGUCAGCAGCAGAGUACUGGAAGGAGUGGCCCAGCGCUGAGUCGCCCUACUCCCAGAGCUCAGAGCUGAGCCUGACUGGAGCCAGCCGCAGUGAGACCCCCCAGAACAGCCCUCUGCCCUCCUCCCCCAUCGUGCCCAUGGCAAAGCCAGCAAAGCCCUCAGUGCCCCCCCUGACUCCUGAGCAGUACGAGGUCUACAUGUAUCAGGAAGUGGACACCAUUGAGCUCACCCGGCAGGUCAAAGAGAAGCUGGCCAAGAAUGGCAUUUGCCAGAGGAUCUUCGGGGAGAAGGUUCUGGGCCUGUCCCAGGGCAGUGUCAGCGACAUGCUCUCAAGGCCAAAGCCAUGGAGCAAACUGACCCAGAAAGGCCGAGAACCCUUCAUCCGGAUGCAGCUCUGGCUGAAUGGAGAGCUAGGCCAGGGUGUCCUGCCUGUGCAAGGGCAGCAACAAGGGCCAGCCCUCCACUCAGUGGCGUCUCUGCAGGACCCCCUCCAGCAGGGCUGUGUGAGCUCAGAAAGCACUCCAAAGACCUCUGCCAGCUGCAGCCCUGCCCCUGAGUCCCCAAUGAGCUCCAGCGAAUCUGUGAAGAGUCUCACCGAGCUGGUCCAGCAGCCCUGUCCCACCAUUGAGACCAGUAAAGAAGGCAAACCACCAGAACCCAGCGACCCACCCGCCUCAGACUCCCAACCCACAACACCGCUGCCUCUCUCUGGACACUCAGCCCUCAGCAUCCAAGAAUUAGUAGCCAUGUCUCCCGAGCUGGACACCUACGGCAUAACCAAGAGGGUCAAAGAGGUGCUGACGGACAACAACCUCGGUCAGCGUUUAUUUGGGGAGACCAUCCUGGGGCUCACCCAGGGCUCUGUCUCCGACCUCCUUGCCCGCCCAAAGCCCUGGCACAAGCUCAGUCUGAAAGGCAGAGAGCCCUUUGUCCGCAUGCAGCUGUGGCUGAAUGACCCCAACAACGUGGAGAAGCUGAUGGACAUGAAGCGGAUGGAGAAGAAAGCCUACAUGAAGCGGCGGCACAGCUCUGUCAGUGACAGCCAGCCCUGUGAACCCCCCUCGGUGGGCAUCGACUACAGCCAGGGCGCCAGCCCCCAGCCACAACACCAGCUGAAGAAGCCCCGGGUGGUGCUGGCUCCCGAGGAGAAGGAAGCGCUGAAGCGAGCCUAUCAGCAGAAGCCAUACCCGUCACCAAAAACGAUCGAGGAGCUUGCCACACAACUCAACCUGAAGACCAGCACCGUCAUCAACUGGUUCCAUAAUUACAGGUAG